GCUCGUGUUGUGUUGCCAUACCCGACGGCACUGCUACCGUCUGCGCUUGUUUUGGGCCAUGCCUGUCCGAUACGUCAGCACGGCGUUAAAGUCAUGCGCCAGGAGCUCUAAGGUGCUCUUCCAGGGAAAGCGCUCGCUUCGAGAGCAUGGACGAAUGUCACCAGCGUCGUCCCUGCUGUCGCAAGCGCCAGCGGCGAUGCAGGGCCGGGCCUUCAGCGGCAGCGCAUCUGGGCCGGGAGAGGCAGCAGCUGCGGUGGACAUGGCCAAGCCGGGGGGGGAUUUCCCCUGGCGCGGCGCCCCAAAUCUGAUCCCCGAGCCGGCAGGCAGCGGUUCGUUCCUCGACGGCAUCAUGGAGUCGAUUUUCGAGGAUUUUUGCUUCAAGGGCGUGGACUUUACGGCUGGUGCGGAGGCGGCGUUCGUGACGACGGCUGCGGCGUUGUUCAAGAUGCGCACGUUGAAAGUGCGAGCGCCCAAGCCAUCGGUAGAAGCAGCAGCAGCAGGGGUAGACGGGGCGCCAAAGGGCGGUGUUGAGGAGGACCCAGCAUCAGCCGGAGCGGAACAGGAGGAGGAGGACAAGGAGAAGUCGGCAGAGACGAGCGAGGAAGAGGCUGACCGAGUUCUGGCCGCCGUCGACAAAGGGCUCGUCGCGCUCUCGAGCGACAAGGGGGGGGUGCCGUACUACCGCUUGCAUCGGGUCGUCGCCAAAGCCAUCAGGAGGAAGAAGUUCAUCUUUGGCGUGCAGCGAGGGGACGACCUAUCGGGGAGGUUCACGGUGGCCAUGUCGCCGUCUUUGGAGUUCGUGCUGCAGGAGAAUAACGCAUUCGCACAGAUCAGGAACGCUCUUGCUGGGAACGUCACCGUCACGUUUCAGGUGGACGUGGACCUGGCGUGCGACGAAACGUUUUACGUGAAGGAUAAGGAAACUGGAGAGAUCAUUCAGGGGAAGAAGGAAAGCUCCGGGCGCAUACACCGCGUCCGGUUAGAGAGCUGCCUUCUGAUGGAGCAGGCCAUCGAGCAACCGCAUAUUUGGAAGGUGAUCGACCUCGAUGAUUGGCUGAAGGGCAACGCCUUCUGCUGAGGAAGAUGUUUUUAUGACAAUGAGCCUGCCUUGGCGUCUAACCGCCACCGAGGUCGCCCAGUUUUAUCAAGACACCUGGGGACGGGGGGUGGGUUGGGCUAGGUUACUCGAAAGGAGGCGCGGCGUUUCAUGCGUCAAGGCUGUUGUGCUCCUGAUCAUGACGGACGAUUCAAAUUCCGACG